AUUAUUUUUGUUUCGGUUCUUUGGGCAACCAGAAAAAACGGAAAAAACCACAAUAAUGUCGAACAGCGAAAUUCGAGUCCACUUUCGAGUUAUUAAAUAUAUUCACGAAUCGGGUCUAAAACUUCAUUUGCAAAGUAUUCCAAUAGCCACAGCGUGCACAUUAUACCACCAAUUUUUCAGACAUAAUGUUUUAAAAAACUAUGACCCAUUUCUGCUAGGUGCCACCUGUUUAUCACUGGCUUGUAAGAUAGAGGAAGAAAAUGUCAGGAUCAGAGACAUUGUCAAUGUUUGUUACAGAACCCUCCACAAAAAUAAGGCCCCGCUGGAGAUAGGCGACAAGUUCUGGGCACUGAGGGAAAGUGUGGCCAGCUGUGAGCUCUAUCUGCUGCGAGCGUUACAAUUCAAGGUUGUCUUUGAUCACCCCCACAAGUACCUCUGCCAUUACCUGAAGGCUCUGGCUGACUGGAUGCAGCCCUGUGUCUGGGAUGAGUCCCCUGUCCCCCGCACGUCCUGGGCUCUACUGCGAGACAGCUACCACAGCUCCCUGUGUCUGGACUUCAAGCCUGAACACAUUGCCAUUGCUGUACUACACUUCUCCUUGUUGUCUCAUGGUCUAGAGGUCCCAUUCUCAAAUCAAGCCAAGAAUAAGUGGUGGCAGGUUUUCAACCAAGAUAUAACACUGCAGAUCAUCCAGAACAUUAUCAGCAAAAUCAUGGACACAUAUCAGGUGGAGAACCAACUGCCCAGGUAGCAUUUCUCAUGUGGACAGCAUUUGUCUGUCAACAUGACUGGGAUGAUGUGGACAGCAUUGUUCAAACAUCAGAACCUCCUCACUUGGACAAAGUGUUGGUGGUAUAAUAAUUGCACUGUUAUCAAACACGUUUAAAAAAAUAAAAAUUUUGAAAUGAAAAAAUAAAA